AUGGCUUUUAUUGGGUAUAGAGUUUACUGUGAGUAAGGAAAAAAAUAGGAUGAAUUGGGAUCAUUUGAGGGUUGGUCCCAAAAAUUUGAUGAAUGGAUUCCUCUGUAUUCUUAGCGUAUUAGACCAUUUCUCACAUAAACCUUGAAAUAGACACUUAUUCUUGGAGCAACAAACUUUAUUCUUAUAAAUUCAGCAAUUGCAUCACUCAAAAUUGUAUAAUUAUCAGUCGAAAGUGGAGCUGAUACUGGCGUAACUACAGAUUUUAAUGAAUCUACUCUGCUAAUUGCAUGCUAAUUGGGAAGAUAUGAAAUAGCUGAGUAUUUAAUUUCACUUAAAGUAGAUUUAAAUAAGAGAGCUAAAUAUUUUAUUUCACCUUUGAUUGCGGCAAUCUAAGGGGAAUAUUUUGAUAUUGUAAGAUUAUUGGUAAUAAAUGGCGCAGAUUUGAACUUAAAUACUAAUAAUAUCUUUGCUACACUGAAAAUACUUUAAGAACAAUAAAAAAUAUUGCAUUUGAUUUAUGAGAUUCAAGAAUUUGAGAGAAUUAAAACUAUUUUCAAUCAUCUUGAGGGAAGAUAUUCGCCAGGAAAAAUUUAGACCUCAUAUAAUAGGAUAAACAAGAAUAUAUUUCGUAAAGUUAUCACUGAGUAUAUUUGA